GAUGAAUAUUCAUCAGUUUGUUUAAUCGCAUACACUUUGUUUCUUAUUCUAACGCUGACCAGGCCCAGCCAAUGCAUUGAAGUACUCAACGUACUCAGCCUUCAGGUAGAUUUCCUGGAAAGAGAAUCAUGCUCGCCCCCGCUAGUGUCAUGAUCAUCAUCUGUGCCUCACGAAGCAACGUCGAAUGAGGCGAGCAUCGAUUGGUACGCCGCCAUUACAAUUCAAGCUAGCAUGGCUGACGAGGCUGACGAGGCGGGCAUGCAUAUAAUAAUGGCGCAUCUUACUCCCCCGAACGGCCACCAGGUAAAGAAAGCAACAUGCCUAUCUCACUGAACAAGAUCUUCGUCGCCACCGCAUGCUUGCUCGUUCUCUCCUCCUCGGUAGCCUCAGCUCCAGUCAGCUCUCCUUCUUCGACCUCGACCUCGGCCUCUCCGAGCCCGACGGUCCCGUACGCCAGUGACGACCCGAACACGGAAUUAUGGAACGCGGACUCGAAUAUCGACCCCCAGCCAAUCCGCGGCUCACUUGGAUCGACUAUCAUGGGACCGCAGAACGUCCCGCUCGAGCUUCAGAACCCGAGUCUUCUUGCUCCACCGACAACUGACCAUGGUGAAGUCCCUAACGCGAAAUGGCCGUUCGACCUCAGCCACACCCGUUUGCAGACGGGAGGCUGGGCACGCCAGCAGAACGUGAACGAGAUGCCCAUAAGCACCGAUAUGGCAGGCGUAGACAUGCGUCUUGAGGCAGGCGCCAUCCGGGAGCUGCACUGGCACACUUCGGCCGAGUGGGCAUACGUUUUGAAGGGCAGCACUCAAAUCACGACAGUCACCCCGGACGGACAAAACUACUUGGCAACGGUGAACAAAGGAGACCUGUGGUACUUCCCGCCAGGGCAACCACAUUCCCUUCAGGCAACUGCCGAUGAUCCUGCUGGCACCGAGUUCCUUCUUGUAUUUGACAACGGAGACUUCAGCGACGACUCCACGUUCCUUCUGACGGACCUAAUGGCGCACAUACCGAAAGAAGUGGUUGCGAAGAACUUCCAGCUCCCACAGUCCGCGUUCGACCACAUUCCUGGCGAACAGCUGUAUAUCUUCCCGAGCAACCCACCUGCAUCGAACGCCCAGGCGCCCUAUGAUCCCCAGGGCCAGACACCGGAGCCUUACUCGUACCCGCUCUCGCAGAUGAAUGCGACGCAGCUCCCUGGCGGUACCAUCAAGAUCGCGGACUCCACGAAGUUCAAGGUCGCACAGACGAUCGCAGUUGGGGAGAUUACGUUGGAGCCUGGUGCGAUGCGUGAGAUCCACUGGCACCCAACGCAACCCGAGUGGAUCUAUCUCAUCGAAGGGAGCGGUCGCAUGACUAUCUUCGCAGCCAACUCAAAUGCGAGGACUUUCGAUUACCAGGGUGGCGACAUUGGCUACAUCCCGCCUUCCUACGGGCACUAUGUGGAGAACACGGGUAACACGACGCUGCAUUACCUCGAGAUCUUGAAGUCGGACAAAUACCAGGACGUUAGCUUGAAUCAGUGGCUUGCAUUGACUCCACCUGACUUGGUGAAAGCCCACCUGGAUGUAUCAGACGAGGCACUAAGUCAUUUCAGCAAGACGAAGCCGAUCAUCGUUGGGUAGUAGCACUUAGCAUAUUCAUAUUCGCGCUUCGAUCGAUAGGGAUGACUUGACUCUUUUAUUUAUUUGAUGAUGUAUACGUGCGGUUAUCAUACC